AAAUGGGGGCGGGGAAAACUCGGUCACAACUUUGCCGCUCGCGCUGCUUUUCCCACAAUUCACCUGCCAUAAUGUCUGCGCCCUGGUCUUGCAGGGCGUCUGCAAUGCUGGCUAGUUCGAUAGAGAUGCUGUACGUUGUUUGUCUGGCGCAACUGCUUGCAAGCACAAUGUGCAACACUGCUGACCACUUUGAAGGUUUCCUGCUCUGUAGACAUUGUGGACUGGAAGUAACAAGAGCAGACAGCCUGGUAAAAAUUCCAAGUCAAUUGGCACACAGACAACGAAAUGAUACACUUGCUGGUGCAAAAGGUGUACUUAUACAGCUGUUUAAAAAUCCACAAGGAAAAUAUUUUGAACUGAUCACAUCUUCUGAAGCAGAUGUGCAAGAAGUUGAACAGCCUCACUUAGCUGAUUCCUGGUUUCCUGGUUUUACCUGGACAAUAGCUGUUUGUCCUCGCUGUGGAUAUCAUUUAGGAUGGGUGUUCAAACCUGUUAGUACAUCUGUGAUGGGCGAUUCAAUGCAUAGAACUAAUUACAUGCAGCAGUUUAUUGGACUCAUUUUAGGAAAUCUGCUUCAUGAACAAGAAGCUGAGUCAAUCAUUGCUGCCCCCAAAACAUACCUGAGCUGAACGCCAGACAGAAAUAUUUGCUAUUUAAAUUAUUCUCUGUCAUGAAAGAGUGCAGCAUGAAGGUGGUUUGAAGUUUUGAGAAAGGGUUGUUGUUGAUAUAUUGUUGCUUUUGUUAUAAGCUGUUAUUGAAAUGUAUCACUUAUAUUGUUCCUAUGUAAAUUUCCUAUGCACGCUUCAUCAUUGAAACAUUGGUGCUGAAUUGUAAAUAAUUUUGUGUGGUAUAUUUGUUGUUUGAGCCAUGACUUUGAUCUACAAACUCUCAGGUUAGUUCAGCUAAGGGUCCUUCUUAAUUAGACAUAUAUGGGUGAAUAUUUGACCAAGUUAGGCAACUUUACACAACAGUUAUAUAAAAAGGUUGCCUAACUUUAUUCAUACCUGUUGAAUUAAAAAGAACCUUUAAGGAGGCAGAUCUUUUUCUUUACAGAAACAACCUAUGUGGAUGUAGUCAUGUUUGUUUUCACUGAUAGGCAUAGCCUAGCCUUAUGGGCAUAUGACCAGUUGAUCCAGUAAAGGUUGGUUAUGGACUAGUCAUGUCCUUUCUUCAGGUUUCAGGUACAUUUCUGGUUGAUUUUGUGUGUGUGUGUGUGUAAUGAGUAUAUAAGCAUGAAGAAACUGACUUACAAAAAUAUGUGCAUGACUGACAGUUUUUCUUUGUUUUGCAUUGAGCAUUUUUUAUGAGGUCAAUAGUUGCAGACACCAUAUGAAUACCAGCCCUGGAUGACUUACCAAAUAAAGAAGCUUCUAUCUUAUUAAACAAAAAUGUAUCUUUCAAAAAUUGGGCAAAGAAGGAAAAGGGUGGAU